UCCGUUCUUCUUUGGCUCCUUGGCCCGCCUUCGAAGGUGCCCACUCCCGAGUCCCGAGUCCCCAUCGCAUUCCCCAUUGCUGUUGAAUCCCAUCUCUAGGGCUGGCCUGUUUUAGGCUCGGCCGGUAGAUUGAAUGCUUGUUUUAGUGCCUAUCUUACUCCUAGUCUCGCGCUUGAGCAUGGUGGUGGCCAAUUUGACUGCCACGUGCAAUUGAGGAACAAGGGUAAAAAGAGCACGCCAUCUGCCAGCUGCAACCAUUCAGCAACAGAGCUUCAACCAAAAACCAACCCCAUCCAUUAUCCAACCCAAUACUCCACAAUCCCACGACUGAUUACGUCUCUAUUCAAAUGGCCCGAACCCUACAUUUACCCCUUCGCUAAUUAUUUUCUCGAAUUGGCAGCGACGACCUCCAGAGGUCCCAUCAUGAGCUUACGGUCGACCUCACCACCGCCCCGCGGUGGACGCGAAGACUGCCCCGACGCGAAGCCCGACCUCAUCCACGAGCUCAAGCACGACACUUCGGUCCUCGCACUAGCCGUCAGCGACGAGUACAUAUUUGCCGGCACCCACAACGGAGAGAUCGUCGUCUGGUCGCUUGGCUCCUACCAGCUCGUCCAGACAAUCCAAGCCCACAAGCGGACCGUCCUCUGCCUCGUCCUCUCCACCGCAGGCGAGAGACCUCUCCUCUUCUCCAGUGCCGGCGAUGCAGUCAUCAGCGUCUGGUGCCCCAAGUCCUUCAAGCGUCUCUACGAGAUAUACAGUACCUACGAUGUCGGCGACAUCUUCAGCCUCGCGUACUCGGUGCAGCAUGACAUGGUGUUCAUGGGGGCACAGAAUACCACAAUACAAUGGGUGAAUCUCAAGGAUCCAAAGAGGAGGGUUACACAGGACGCGGAGAGACACCCGGACAGGAGACACCACAGGUUCUUUGACUCGAAAGCUAUUGGGGGGACAAGCACUCCUAGGAGGAACGAUGAUCGCUGGAGCCUAAUCCCCCGCUCCCAGGCCGUCUUGGAAGUUGAGACUGGCGCUAUCGAGCAGUUUGCCCACUACGGCUACGUCUACUGCAUGCUGGUGGCCAAGGGGCCGACCGUGCUUGUUGAUCCGGAGGAGGAGGUCCUGGUCUCGGGCGGCGGCGAUGGGACGAUCAAGCUGUGGAGGCUAUCGGGUGAUCUCGAAGAGUAUGACGACGGCGAGACCACCGAUGGCAGCAUCCAGGAGAUCAUGGUCCUCGGAGAGGAUGACGCGGAGUCCGUCAUGUCUCUCGCCAUUGACGGGUCCUUUCUAUAUGCAGGGAAGCUGCACGGUGUCAUUGAGCUGUGGGAUCUGGACACCAAGCAGAAGCUAAGGGUCAUAAAGUCCCAUAUCGGAGAUGUCACAACGGUCCAGAUGAGCUGGGGCCUUCUAUGGAGCGCCGCUUCCCGGGGCUCAGCUUGCAAACACAGCACGGUUCACUACGGCAGAGAUGCCAAUGGGGUCUCGGAGAACGUAAGCCAAAGAUAUCAGUGUCUGAGCAGGUGGAAAGCGCACAACGGCAAGAUACUUGCCUCAGCAGUCACCACCUACCACGGUGAUCAUCUGUUCAUAACCGGCGCAAACGACGACAACGUCUGUAUCUGGCGUGUUAAUGGCAAGCCAGCAGACGAGGAAGACGGCGCCGAAGUGUCUGAGGAUAUGAUGAUCACCACCCUCCGCGAGUUCGUCUCAUACAAGACGGUCUCCUCCCGCCCCGAGUUCGCCGAAGACUGCCGGAGAGGUGCCACAUUUCUCGGGUCGCUGUUCAAGCGCAUGGGUGGGCAGGUUGAGAUGCUCAGCACCGACAAGCCGCACAAUCCCGUAGUCUAUGCAAAAUUCGCCGGUAAACUCGAACCGGCUGGGAAGCGGAAGCGGAUCCUUUUCUACGGACAUUAUGACGUUGUCCCGGCGAACACCCAGAAGGGCAAGUGGCUCACCGACCCAUUCAAGCUAACGGGGUUGAAUGGUUACCUUUACGGCCGCGGAGUCAGCGAUAACAAGGGGCCCAUCAUCGCGGCGUUGUAUGCCGUCACCGACCUUAUGCAGGCGAAGGCGCUUGACUCGGACAUCAUCUUCCUCAUCGAGGGAGAGGAGGAAGCCGGCAGCCGCGGGUUCCGGGAGACGGUUUGGAAGCACAAGGAGCUGAUUGGUGACGUUGAUUACAUCCUCCUGGCCAACAGCUACUGGCUUGAUGACGAGGUCCCAUGCCUCACUUACGGCCUCCGUGGCGUCCUGCACGCCACUGUCUGCGUCGACUCCAGGCACCCCGACUUGCACUCGGGCGUGGAUGGCAGUUACAUGAUGUCGGAGCCGCUGUCAGAUCUGACAUUCCUCCUCUCAAAACUGAAGGGUCCCAGGAAUCGCAUUAUGAUCCCCAAUUUCUACGACGGCAUUCUACCCCUCACGCACGAGGAGGAAUCGCGAUACGACGACAUCACGAGCAUUCUCAUACGGCGCAACCCCGAGAAUGGCCCCGCCGACGUUCUCAAGCAGAGCCUGAUGGCCCGAUGGCGGGAGCCCAACCUCACGAUCCACCGGUACAAGGUGUCGGGCCCCGACGGCAGCCUCGUCAGCAGCCACGCCAGCUCGCACAUCAGCCUGCGCCUGGUCCCCGGCCAGGAGGUCGACGAGGUCAUCCAGUCGCUAAUCGACUUCCUACACGCCGAGUUCAAGACGUCGGAGAGCGUCAAUGCCCUGACCGUCACCAUCGACAACAAGGCCGAGCCCUGGCUCGGCGUCCCGGGUAACUACAUCUUCCGGACGCUCGAGGAGGCGGUGAUGAGGGUCUGGGGGCCCGCCUCGGGGGCCGACGGCGACGGGAGCAACAGCACCGAGAGCAACGGCGCCGACGGAAAUGCCGAUGAGGAGAAUAAUCCUGGGGCGAAGUGCGAGGACGCCCCCGCCAAGAGCCGUAAGCCCCUGUAUAUCCGUGAGGGCGGGUCGAUCCCCGCCAUCAGGUUCCUGGAGAAAGAGUUUGGCGCCCCCGCGGCGCACUUGCCGUGCGGCCAGGCAAGCGACGCGGCGCAUCUGGACAAUGAGCGCUUGAGGGUUACGAACCUGUUGAAGAGCAGGGAGAUCUUCGAGCUGGUGUUUAGAAAGCUCUGAGUAUUUUUUUUCCCCUGUGAGUUUCUCCUGGGGAGCGGGCGUUGGGUGAGUAGCGUUUAGUAGGUUCUUCGGAUAAAAUGAAAUCAAGGUUUACCGCGUCGUUGAGACUGGGCAGUCCGUGAGGGCGUGCUCCCCACCCUGUGACGACAGGUGUACCGAGGUGAGCUGUCAAUACCCAACCUUGCCGCCUGAAGAUCAGGCUUGCAAGCCAAAUUUACUUCCAACGAGAUCGUACCAUAAUUGAGCACGCCUAGUCUAUACUAUUG